GCAGCUAGUCUGAGCGAGCGCAAGGGAGGAGACCCCCGCCCGGCCACCACACUUGCAGCCGCAGUGACUUCCACCCGCGAUCGCGGCCCCCGGCUCUCAGACGCCUCCCGCAGCCAGGGUGGGUCAGCGUGGGAGGGCUUCCCGGUCUCCGAGGCCGGAUUGCGAACUUAAAGAGGACCGCGGCUCUUUUCCCCCACGGCCUGGAGAGUGAACAGGAUUGUGGACUCUUUCGUGUUUGGCGAUGGCACAACAGUGAACCUAAAGGCUGCCUGCCACCAAAGCUGUCUGCUCACAUCUGGAGUCUGAACAGGAAAUCCCGUCCCCACCAGUCAUGGCUAAGAGUGCAGAGGUCAAACUGGCCAUAUUCGGGAGAGCAGGCGUGGGCAAGUCAGCUAUUGUAGUGAGAUUUCUGACCAAACGAUUCAUCUGGGAAUAUGAUCCGACCCUCGAGUCAACCUACCGACACCAGGCAACCAUCGAUGACGAAGUUGUUUCUAUGGAGAUCCUAGAUACCGCUGGCCAGGAAGACACCAUCCAAAGGGAAGGUCAUAUGCGCUGGGGGGAAGGCUUCGUGCUGGUCUACGAUAUCACCGAUCGAGGGAGCUUCGAAGAAGUGCUGCCGCUGAAGAACGUCUUAGAUGAAGUCAAAAAGCCCAAAAAUGUAACUCUCAUCUUGGUCGGAAACAAAGCCGACUUGGACCACUCCAGACAAGUGAGUACAGAAGAAGGGGAGAAGCUGGCUACGGAAUUGGCUUGUGCCUUUUACGAAUGUUCCGCCUGCACCGGAGAAGGGAACAUCACCGAGGUAUUCUAUGAGCUCUGUCGAGAGGUGCGUCGCAGAAGGAUGGUGCAAGGCAAGACACGGCGACGCAGCUCCACCACACACGUCAAGCAAGCGAUUAACAAGAUGCUUACCAAAAUCAGUAGUUAGAGGUCCUGCCAAGAUGUGCUAAAAAUGGAAAAGUCCUUCCUGGCUCUCCUUUUACCCUUCCAAACACGAGCAAAAUAUCCUACUCCUUAUUCUGACUUUGGGAAAUGUCAGGGUCUCUCGUGGUUCCUGGUCUGCUAAAUGCUGGGAAGUUCUCUGUUGUCCUCUCGGUCCUGAUGGCUGUGACAGUCUCUCCCUUUCCUGCUUGCGUAGGAUCCGUGCUAACGUAGUUUGAAGAUGUAACCACCAAAGAUGCUGAAGUGGCUGAGUUCGUGGAAGCUAAUUUUAGGCAUCCCUGCCUUGCUUCAAUAAGUUGAAGUCUUUUCAAAGGCAUUUUAAGAUUCUGUUUCUUGUGGAAUGCUGCAAGAGUCUCCACAACGUUUUGUGAUGUCUGGUGAGAACUAGAGAGGGUUAGCUGAGCGAUUGGGGUAGAAAUGGAGCUCUAGUUCCCAUCUGAAGUAAACUUUUUUUUUUUUUUAAAAAAAAAGUUAUCUUACUUAAAUUGUACAGUUUUUCUUUAACCCUUUAUUUCACUGUUAGGUUAAAAUGUCAUUGAUUUUCUUGCUUUGUAAUGUAAUUGCCCAUUUCAAUUAAAUUUGGUUCUCUCAAUGAUCUAUAUCAAUCCUUACCUGCCCUUCUAUUAGAAUUUCCUCAAUAACAAAAGAAACAAGACCCACAAGUCACAAUCCUGCUGGGUCUUUGCUCCCUGGAGCCUGGGUGAUGGGAAACACCAGGAACCUUUGUACCAAUGCUUGGCUUCACUGCAUGUUAGUAGAGGAAUUAGAAUUAGAGACCCCUGGUUUGUAUAGUACUACUCCACUAGCUCUGUAGCAAGAAGAUAAUCCUCUAAAUACAAAAACUAUAAUGCCUAGUUAUUCCCCGUUGGAAACCAAGGCUGAAUCCCAUGCAGUCAAUUGAGUCAACCUCUGGUUCAGUAAGUUCGCCACAUGCUUUCUUAACCUUUUAACCUUUGAGUGAGACUGAUUCCCUUGGAAGAACUGGGGGAAAGAAUGGUGAUUAUAAUUCAUUAUACCUGAAUGGGCGUAUAUAACGUGGAGGCUCAGCUGGUGAAAGGAACCGUAACUGCCAAGAGUUCAUGGCCCUUUUCUCCAUUUCCUGCCCCAUAUAUUAAGAUUUGGGCACUUUAUUUUAGAAGGAAAUAUAUAUCUUUUACAUAUGUAUGUAUUUAUAUGUAUACAUAUAAGUGUGUAUAAAAUUUGUAAGCAUUGGAGGCUUUAAUUCACAACGUAUUUGAACAAUCUGGUGUAACUGACUUGGUUUUAUGUGACUAUAAUAAAAAGUAUAAUUUUCAA